AUGGCACGUGUUUCCACAACUUUGAGCUCUGGCGGCGUUGCCUCGGCCGCUUCGGCGGCACUGCUCCUGCUGCUGCUGGCACUGCCACAGGGGUCGCGUGCUCAGCCUGGCGGGGGCGGGGGGGGGAGCGGGGACGGGGGUGCCCCCGGUUCUACUUCUAGCGCAACCGUGGAAUGCGCAUCCGAUGGUACCGACGCCCACUAUGAGGAGUUCCUAGCCGGUGAAGGCGUCACGAUGGCUCGCUGGACAGCCACUGAAACGGGAUGCCCGAACCACAUCAACUGGCCCAUCAACCCCAACGCCGCCGGGGUGCUGUCCGUCAACCAAUCGGUCCCGGCAUACCCCAUGCUCAUCGCGUCCGGGGGAACGACGGACUUGAGCUCUGCCGCGGGCACCAUCGGACUAAUGCGCAACGGGGUUUCUAUGUUCAGCUCAUGGGCGCUUGACGCCGUGGAGGAGUACGAGGACACGGCCUUUUACCUGGAGGCGGACACGCUCGACCCUUGCGGCGGCCACGCAACUCCCACGGGGGCCUACCACUACCACGGCACGGCGGGGUGCCUGCAGGAGCAGGCGGGGGCGCUCAAGGGCGAGCACUCACCGGUGCUGGGCUGGUCAUACGACGGGUUUCCGAUCUACGGGCAGUUGGGCCCUGACGGAAUAGAGAUGAAGAUGUGCGGAGCCGAUGGGGCGCACGACACGGCCUGCCUCGACUUGUGCUCCGGCUACGAGGCUACCAUCGACGAGGACGAGUUCACGUACCGCUACUACACGUCAUGCGGGUUCGACGAGUCGUUCUUUCCCUUCACCCUCAACUGCUUCCGCGGCUGCUGCCCGACGGGCAACACGUGCAGCGACAGGCUUGACGCGUGCGGGGAUGACGCGGAAGUAGGCUACACCGACGACUACGUGCCCGUCGCACAAGAGUCUAUGGACGAGUUCUACGACACCGAACUGAUCCUUGGGGACGACCUUGAGCUUAUCGGCUCCCAGAUCACGGUCAACUGCACCCUGUACCUGGGCUCUGAGUCGGAGCUGGCGACUGGAGAUGUUGCCCGCGAAACGACCCCACCCCCUACUCCGGCCGCCGUCGCCGAUGCUGACCAAGAAACCCCCUCCCCGAGCGCUGCGACCCCCGCUCCCACCAUGGGCGGCGGCAGCGGCGGGGGCGGGUCCGCGGCGGACGCGCCUACACCAUCUCCGGAGGCAGCUGCUAGGAGCGCGCCGGAAACGACUGCCCCGCCGAGUUCGGGGGGGGACACCGAAGACGCCGACAUUGGCGGGGCCCCCGGGGGGAUUUUGAGCUCCACGCCCGGCAUAGUCUUCCUGGGCUUGAUAGCCACCGCGGCGAUGGCUUUCGCCUCCUAAAGAGGGGACGAUGCUGUCUUGUCAAAAAAAAGUGUGCCACAAGGGACGCGACCUCGUUAUGGUUUUCGCGCAGUGAUGGGUGAAUCGACACAGCUGGUUUUGAGGUGAUAAGUUUUGCGAUGGGUAAACCGACGCGAAAGGUUUUGGAGUGAAAAUAUUUUGAAUGUCUUGUGUGCGGCAGGCCAGCGGGGCACACGGUAACGGAAGUGGUUGCGUCUGUACUGUUCGUUUGGAGGGAAGGGGAUGGGUAGGAAGCAAACACCGACUCCCGCCGCAUUAAACGUCCCCUUUUUCCAUUCUCAUGUCCAAGUUCCUGUUGUUGUCGACGGACACAUGAGGAAGAACGGCCGUGUUGCGACGUUGCGGCGGCACUCCCAUUGAAGGCCUGGUUGCUCGGCGAAGGGCCGUUUACUGUACAAUUUAUUGCAUCGGUUAUCCACGACUUGGUUUUUCAUGUCAGCACGGGUUUGGUGCUCUUCAAUGGCUGGGCAUGCUGCCGGCCGGACUUGAGCCACUAUCGUGCGUAGCGCGCGCGACGCUUGCCGAAAGGCCCGUCCGAAUUUUGAGGGGCGGAAAAGCUGCUCCUAUCUCUCGUGCUGACCGUUUUGUUUGUAGUUGAGGCCGGGCGGGGUGUUUUGGGUUUAAACUCUAGUACCGCGCCUGUGUUGGUGAGCUUGCGAUGCUUAUUUGGCUUCGCGUAGUGCGGGGUGUAGAAGAAGGCGAGGGGGGUCUCUUUGUUUUUGCCGUUCAGUUUCCGCACCAGCACGCGAGACAAGACGGGGUGGCGUGCAUCACUCUUACAUUACAUCGAAUAUUCAGUUAGGGUAUAGCCCGAUUCCGUAAGCUGCAGCCUAUGCAGCCCCAAGAACUGCGGCACGGGGCGGGGGCAGUGAUUACGGAGGGCGGGGUGUGGGGGGUAUCUACGUCUGGAACCCCUUGGGGACCACGCUUGCGUGCGGAGGGAGUGAUGUUUCGUUAGAGACACUGGCGCAGCGAUUUGGCGCGACGAAGAUGGCGGAAGUGGCACGCCAUCAUCCGCGUGGUAUAGUCCUGUCGUCUGUUCAUUUUCUGGAGGCAUAGGAGGAGGCUUUGGGUUUUGGCGUUACGAGUGCUGUGUGACUUGUGGUGCGAUGUUGUACGGGUCGCAAUUUUUCCUCUGUCGACCGCUAGGAUGUUGAGUGUGUAUUGUGUUGUUUCGGUGUAUCUCGUACGUUAAUGUUUUUCGUGCUUAUGAAGCAUGCGAUGAUGUUCCACUCAUCCAUGCCAGAAGAAUGCGAUAUUAUUGGUGUCCACACGAAUAUUAGUUUUUCUCGAUUGGCAGGAUGCUGUGUUGUGGUGCGCAUGCUCAAGUUUCGUUAUGGUGUAAAAGGAGGGUAAUAACUGGCGUCUCUGGCGUGUCACUCUCCUACGGUUCAGAAAGAUCUUGAACAUGUUGCUGUAAGGCACGGGGCUAAUCAUUGUUGCGUUCGCUACUGUCAUGCCGUCGGUGAUUACUCUCAUGUCUUUCACAACUGCAAGACUACCCUUGUCUUUCAUAACGGGGAGACGGGCUUGUGCUCUCUCUUGCUCCUCAUGUUGGGCGAUGAUCGGGGCGGACUGUUUCGGUUUCUUUCGGCAUGGCGACCGGCCUAAAACCUUGAACAUGGUAACGGGGUGAACACUUCCUCAUUGAUUUCGUGUUGUCUAUGACGAUCCAUACAGGCCUACUCUCUCUUGCUUAUCACGCGGUGCGUUGAACGGGGCGGAUUUCGGCCUCUGUCGUCAAGUCGGUAUCGUGUAGGCCGGCCCAAAGAUGAGCCCGU